UUAAUAGAUUCUCGGUAACUGCAAGAAUACUUUUAUAUGAAGAAAAACAACUCAACACAAUAUCGUCUGUGCAACACUCGGUAAAAUUCUCUAGCAACGUGUUCUUGUGAGUAUUACUUGUUUGGUUUAUUAAAUAUUAAAUAAAGUUUAUUAAAUUUGUUUUAAAUUAUUUAUUGAAUCGUUGACCUAAUCUUGAAAAGAUGGUUAAUACCAAAGGUUACAGACGUGGUACCAGAUAUCUUUUUGCAAGGAAGUUCAGGCAUCGUGGUACAGAACCACUUUCCACGUUCCUAAAAGUUUACAAGAGAGGCGAUAUUGUUGACAUCAAAGGGAAUGGAGCCUUUCAAAAGGGGAUGCCCUUCAAAUAUUAUCACGGCAAGACUGGCAGAGUCUUCAAUGUCACCCCUCACGCCGUGGGUGUCAUCGUGAACAAGCGUGUACGCAACCGCAUCAUCCCCAAGCGUAUCAAUAUCAGGGUGGAACACAUCAAACACUCAAAGUGUAGGCAAGAUUUCAAACAAAGAUUGGUUGAAAAUGAAGCAAAGAAGAAGGCUGCCAAGGAAUCUGGCGUCAAGGUCAACUUGAAGAGGCAACCAGUUAAGCCCCGUAAAGCUCAUUUUGUAAGCACGACAAAUAAUGAACCACAAUAUCUUGAACCGAUUCCAUAUGAAUUUAUUGCUUAAAGUAUUGUUAUUUUUAAAAUAAAAAAAUGCCUCUGUA